UGUUACAUGUUCCAAUAUGUUCCAACUAUAGCUCAUUUCUCUCUGUAAGAGUUCUCUAUGUAUAAUAGGAGCAUGUUGGAGCAUGCAACACAACCUGUUGUAACGAUCAUGUAACUUUCGCUAGAGUAGAAAAGUAAAAAUUUUUAUGAUUUACAUAUACACACAUACAUACAAAGAAUUUUCACGUUUCCGCCCUAGGGAAAAUGUUACAUGAUCGCUACCCUGAUUACAACUUAUACAAUGUUACCAAUUCAUAGAAAAUGAAACUAUAGAAACUAUAGCUUAGAGGUUUUGUUGCAACCAACAUUAUCCCCUCUUUUUUUAUGUAAAUUGUCAUGUAACCCUCCCGGCAGCCAAUCGGUGCACAAAAACGUUUAUAUCGUUCUGACUCGUUUCGCAGUUCGUUUCCCUGUUAUUUGGACACGACAAUUUACUGAUACGGUAUUGUUGUUGCGAGGUUAGAACAUGCGAUUUCUGGAAAUACGUGGAUUACCUUCAUGAGAACAGUUGUAGGCGACAAUUAGGAUGUUUCGAUCGACAAGAAGUUUGAUCAUCGCACUGCAACGUGCGAAGGAUUGCCAUUUGCAUACGUGCGGUCAACGAUUAUCAAAGGUUGCCGAAUAUGAAUCUCCUAUCACAGACGAUUAUAAAAAGGGUCCGAGCGAGGGUAGAGCCCUUUACUUGGAUGCUCAAGCCACUACUCCAUUGGAUCCCCGAGUGUUAGAUAAGAUGAUGCCGUAUCUGACAGUGUACCAUGGUAAUCCACAUUCCAGAACUCACAUGUACGGUUGGGAAUCAGAAGCAGCAGUUGAGCAUGCUCGUCAGCAAGUUGCAGAUCUAAUAGGAGCGGACAAGAAGGAAGUGAUAUUUACAUCUGGGGCAACAGAAUGCAAUAAUAUUGCUGUAAAAGGUGUAGCGAGGUUCUACAAAUCCAAGAAAACUCAUAUUGUGACAACCCAGACAGAACACAAAUGCGUACUGGAUUCAUGUAGAGCCCUGGAAGCUGAAGGAUUUGAUGUAACAUACAUUUCUGUAAAAUCAAAUGGUCUUAUUGACCUCAAUGAACUGGAAGCAGCCAUUAGGCCAUCUACAUCACUAGUUUCUGUAAUGAUGGUAAAUAACGAGAUUGGUGUUAAACAGCCUAUUGAAGAAAUUGGUACCAUUUGUAGGAAGAAAAAGGUCUUUUUCCACACAGAUGCUGCACAAGCCAUAGGCAAAGUGCCAAUUGAUGUUAAUGCUAUGAAUAUUGAUCUGAUGUCUAUCAGUGGUCAUAAGUUGUAUGGUCCAAAAGGUAUUGGAGCCCUGUACGUUAGAAGAAGGCCACGAGUGCGCGUAGAACCAUUGCAAAGCGGUGGCGGACAAGAAAGAGGAAUGAGAAGCGGUACUAUACCAGCACCCUUAGCUGUAGGGUUGGGUGCUGCUUGUGAAUUAGCGCAGACAGAAAUGGACUACGAUCACAGAUACAUCAACACAUUGUCGAAUCAUCUGAUUGAAAAGAUAACGUCAAAUUUGCGGCAAGUCGUUCGAAACGGAGAUCCCAUAGCCUGGUAUCCUGGGUGCGUAAAUCUGUCGUUCGCGUGUGUAGAGGGUGAAUCGUUAUUGAUGGCUUUAAAGGAUGUGGCAUUGAGCAGCGGUUCGGCUUGUACCAGCGCGAGCUUGGAACCCAGCUACGUGCUCAGAGCAAUCGGUGCCUCGGAAGAUCUGGCACAUUCCAGUAUCAGGUUCGGUAUCGGACGAUUUACAACGUUCGAAGAAGUCGAUUACACGGCGGACAAUACGAUACAACAUGUAAAGCGACUUCGGGAGAUGAGCCCACUGUGGGAGAUGGUGGAAGAUGGUAUCGACUUGAAGACUAUCAAAUGGACUCAGCACUAGUGCCUGGUUAUCGUGUAACCUUUACAAACUUAAAUAGAUAUAGUAUGUAUAUUUAUCAAUGUAUAAUAUAAUACCGAUCGUGUAAAUCAUAUUAAUAGAUCAAGCCUAGUUGAUUAAGAUAUAAUUUCGCAACGUGUAAUAAAUUUUCAAGAAAGUUGUUUUGCCGCGUUAUCCUAGACCUGAUCCGAUCGUGGCGCGCAACUUGUGUAUAUGUUAUGUA